CCAAGAAAUUGAAUUUCCAUCGAAAAAAUUCAAAAUUCAACGUUAGCGGUCCCAACAGCCAGAUCGAUGGAAGGUCGCCAGAACGAGGAAGCCAGAUCGCCUAUUAGUGCCGGACUCAUUGGUGUACUUUUAAAAAAUAGCCAAGAGAUAGCCAGUGGAUUGGCUAACAUGGAGGCCACGACCGAUUCUCUGAUCGCCCUGGGAGAGAGUGUCAACCAGGACUUGAUGAAUUGUUGCAAGUACCGCGAGGAACUGGUGCUAAAGCACCUGGCUGAGAACAACAAGGAGGAUGAGCAAAUGAUGAUGUUGCGCGAGAACUCGGAGCUAAAGGCUACUGUCGACGAGUACCAGCAGGGCAUCAAUAUUAUAAUGUCCAAGCAUCGCGAGAAUAGUGAUGGCAUUUUCGAUGAAUCGUUUGCGGUGAAGGAGCGCUACAUGAACGGCAUGCGGAAGAUUGUCGAUGACCAGAACGCACGCAUCGAGCACAUGUUGGAGGUGAUGAAGCUGACCGCCGACUUGGAGGACCUCGAUAGCGAUGGGAACCAACGUAUCAUUCGGCAGCUCGCCGAUGAGAACGAGGAGAUGCGUCGCCAGCUGCAGAUCAGCACUGCCGACCCGAUGCUUAAACAGAGAUACCCCAAAUCCACCGAGAGCAGCACCCAGUUCGAGGCCAGCGACGCCGCAGACCCGGCCACCUUAAGGCGGGCCUCCAGCUUGAGCAGCCUGGAGAGCUUUAUCUCCUGCCUCUCGAAGGGCAUCACCGACGGCGAUGCAUCUCCUACCGGCAACUCACUGGUCAGCCAGUUGGAUAUCCGCCAAUUCAUCGACGAGGCUCUCGCCGACGAUCCCGCCAAGCAACCGGAGUAGGAAGGACGGAUCCAUACCAGUUGCGCUACUUUAACAUUUAAGAUUUUCCGUUUGCGUUGAUACAACUGGACUUUGGGUGGGGUUUCGAUUCGAGGAGGUUAUAGUUCGAGAUGGAUAUUGUUAAGCUGUUAGAUGCCGCAUCCUAAAGUAAAUUUCCAUCCCGAAGUAUAACUUUUGUCGAUUUUUUAAACCGUUUAUGGAUAUAUACAUGUUUGAUUAGUAUCACCUACUAAACAUGAACUGCUUGUCACAUUUCUGUAUUUUGAGAAAAGAAUACCUUGUCACUUUCAUAAAUGUCUAUAUAAAAUGUUAUUAAUGUUUGGCUCU